AUGCUUCUCAUGAUGUUGCUGUCAGUAGCUCCGCUAUUGAUGGAGCUGGUCGCGAUGGCGCCGGUCGCGAUGGCACCGCUUUGGGUGAUUCUGCUGCUCGCGAUACCACUGUCGUUGGCGCUGCACUGGGUGCUGCUGCUGUACUUCGUUGUGAUGCUCUGGGCGUUGGUUCAGUUUGUGGAGCUAGUCGUGGUGGCGCCACAGUUUUCUGGUCGCAUCUCCUUGGUACCGGGCUUGUUCCUGCUGUUGAUGGUGUGGCCACUGGUAGUGCCGCUCUUGGUUCUGCUGCUCUUGGUACUGUUGCUAUCAGUGGUGCCGUCACCAGUCCUGAACGUGGUGUUGUCGGCGCUGUUUGUAGUGCUAGUGCUUCUGUUGGUGGUGCUGCUGCUUCUGUUGGUGGACGACUUGUGA